CAGAGAACUUUUGUCUGAGGUUGUGUUCUCCCUCCCAUCCUGUUUCCUCCCCAGGCUACCUCUCCCCCCAAGCCAAGCGCAGCAUCACAGGGACACCUUCUUCUGUCUCCACAUCUCCAGGGAGGGAGCUGGAUUCUACUACUUCCAUGUAAGCAGCACACACCAGCCCAGCACCAUGUCCAGGUCCGAUGAGGUCAACAGACUGACAGAGAAUGUGUACAGAGUUAUAUUAGACCAAUUCAACCCAAGCUUAAAGAACUUUGUGACGAUGGGCAAACAUUAUGAAAAAGCACUUUCAGGUGUUACGGUAGCGGCAAAGGGCUACUUUGAUGCCCUUGUGAAACUUGGCGAACUUGCAAGCAUCAGCCAAGGAUCUAAAGAGCUUGGUGAUACAUUAUUCCAAAUGGCUGAAGUCCAUCGACAAAUUCAAGUGCAGCUUGAAGAAGUUUUAAAGCUUUUCCACUCUGAACUCCUGGCUCAACUUGAACACAAGCUGGAAUUAGACAUCAAGUAUUUAACUGCGACACUGAAGAAAUACCAGGUUGAGCAUCGUUCCAAGUCCGAGUCAAUUGAAAAAUGUCAAUCUGAACUCAAGAAGCUCAGAAAAAAGUGUCAGAACAGCAAGAACCCCCAGAAAUAUGGAGACAAAGAAGUGCAGUAUGUUGAAAUUAUGAGCACCAAGCAGUGUGAAUUGGACCAAUUUGUGGCGGAUGGCUAUAAAGCAGCUCUAACAGAAGAACGACGGAGAUAUUCCUUUCUGGUGGACCGGCAAUGUGCGGUGUCCAAGCACUUCAGUGCCUACCACAGCAAGGUGAAGGAACUGUUAAGUGCCAAGCUACCGUCAUGGCAGCAGACAUGUACUCAGCCCACAAAACUUCCAGAACGUGCACUGAUGCUUGUGAAACAAACUGCUAAUGCUUCGACUGAGCUAGUCAUCUCAGAUCCGGUGCCAAGCACCAAACCGCUAGAUGUCCCUCCUGAACUCGUUGCGCUUUUAGGUGGGGGACUCUCUUUAAAUCAUAGAAUGUCUGUUCAAGAAGUUCUCCCAAUUCCUAAUGGAGAAAGUCUUCAUCGCACAAGGGGGUCUCGUGAUAUGGGAAACCCUGUUAUUAUAGACCCAUUAUCCACCAAUCAAGUGGUCCCUCCAGUUCCUUCAACGCCAGCUUCUCCCACACCGCCAACCCCCAAGGUCAAUGAAAUGUAUUCAUGCACCUUACCCAUACCACGCAAACCAGCCUCAGAGAACAGACUGGCCACUCUGGUGGAAAAUAAAACCCUACCUCGGAUCAGCCCCCUCUCUGUCUUACCUCCUCGUGUGGAGCGACGUAGAGUUCAAGCCAUCUUCUCACAUACGGCUACAGAGAACAGCACCUUAUUAAACUUCGAGGAAGGGGAUAUCAUCCUUCUACUUGUGCCAGAGGCCAGAGAUGGCUGGCACUAUGGAGAAAAUGAAGCCACCAAGAUGAAAGGCUGGUUUCCAUUUUCCUAUACUCGUCCUCUUCCACCGUCAGAGUCUUCAGACAAACUUGGCUCAAAUUUUCCUCUUAGUAAAUUAAACAGUAGCAGCACUGGAAAUCUGGACAAAGUUGGUGUUACAAUCCCAGAUUCUGAAAAUCUUCGGCUAGAAGCAGUAAGAUACACACCUUCACCACGUAUAAGCACCUUCCGGCAGCGGCCAUACAGCAUGAUCAGCCCGGACCUGGUGCAGUUAGCAAAUCAAUUUGGAAGCCCCGCAGCAUCUCCUUCCAGAAGAAACCCAUUUGCUCAUGUUAAACUGAAGAGGACAGUUACCAAUGAUCGCUCAGCUCCUGUCAUCCAAUGACCUUGUGACAUCCUUCAAGGUGAACGUGACUCAAGACCUGUCCUUGAAGGAAAAAAAUCCUUUGACAUCUCAUCUCCUCUAUGAGAGCUAAUAAACUGAUGUAAUAAACUGUGAACUGGUCUCAGUGUAAACCAGCAUCUUUAAAUCAUGUACCCAGUUUACAGCAUUCUUGAGAAAAUUGCCUGCAAUAUCUUUGUUGACCUGAUUAUCAGAUUCCCAGUAGCCCUGUGUGUGGACACAUAUGGUCAGCUAUAGGCUGCUGGUGCCAGGUUCUGAUUAAAGUAUUUACAUAUGACCUCAACAGUAUUAUAGAAAAGGUGACCUUCUCCAGUCACAUGGUGAACAAAAGAGAGAAAAUCAGCUAUGUGUUCUAAGAUCACGUUGAAAGAAAACAUGAUCAAAGAUGUUACGAUUAUUAUAAAUGUAAAUUGUAAUGAAAUAUACGUUUAAAUUUAAAGAUUAAACACUGUCUAAGUUAUGUGAUCAUUAUACUUAGGUCCAGUGGCAGAACUAAAAGCCUUGGAGCUCUGGUGUAAAAUCUGAAUACCUUCUAAUAUCUCAGACUAAAGUCUAAUGCUCAUUUUAUUUAAACCUAAUAAGCAUAUUGCAUACUUAAACAGCAGAUAAAUGAAUGGAAAAAGGGAAGCAUAAGAAAGGUGAUAUGCAUGAUAUAUUCAUUCAAUUCUGUAUAUCUGCAUAUACAAUAUGUAAUGGGAUAAAACACCAGCUGACCUCAUUGGCCUGGUAGCAGCCAUGCCCUCCGAAGUAACCCCAAGGAUAGGCCCAAAUCAGUAUGACAAUUACUAAUUUUUGUGCCAAAAUGUUGACAGUACUCACAGAGCAAAAGUAUUACUAGUAAAUUUGUUAUUGCUUUAACUUCAGAAUGCUGUUGUCAUGAUCAGGCGUCGGGCUUGAAGACCAGUAGCUAUAGCAGUUGCAGGACAGGUAUACAGAGUCACUUCUGGCAGAUGACACAGGCUCACCUGAGGUGCGGAGUCUAAGUACUAGCUGGUGUUCACCAGAGCUCCUGAUGGUGGAGAUGGAUUUAGCUGCGAGCUAGUACCAGGUUUGCAGUCGUCGGGUUUGCCCCACCAGGGUGUGAGCAAGCCGGGGUCCAGUAGCAGAUAAGGGUUAAACAGCAGUGUGGUCAAUAAACAAGUGAAGAGACCAAUCACGAGUGGUUGCAGGUUGGGAUCAGGCAGUAGAGUAAUCAAGGAACAAGCCAAGGUCAAACACGAGUGGUAGCAAAUACAGAUGGCAGCUGGGCAGACAAAUAGCAAAACACAGGCUGAGAAGGCACAAUAACCUGGCAAAGAGGAAGUGCUGAGACAAGUUCAUGGGAGGAGGAAGGGGUUCAAGGUUCAACAGCAAUCAAGAGACAAGCCGGUUUGUCCAACGGAUCAGAUAGGUUUGUCCAGCAGAUCAGGCAGGGAACUGUCCAGCAUACCAGAUAGCUCAGUGGGAAGAGUCAAUGCCGCAAAAUAAAUAAUACAGUACUCCAUUCUACAGAAGUCAAAGCAAUGGCUGUAUUAUCCAUAGAAGAAUAAGAAAUGUUACCAAAUACUUUGGCAUACAGUUGUGAUGGCUUCAGUGUCCUAUAGAAGGCACUUACUUGAGGUGUUCAAUCACUUCCAAAUGAGAGGCGACCACCAGGUAGACUGGAGCUGGAAGGAUUAUACAUUUCAACUGGCUAUAUCUAGUAGUAGUUAGUCACAAUCAACUGUACUUGUUCCAUGUUGAAGAAGUUUUGUAACUUAUCCAAGCUAUGAAACAUAUUUAAUAUUACAGAACUAGUCCAGUUAAAUGUGUCUGUUACUAGAUAUACUAACACCUGGAUAAAUGAGAGCCUUCACAGACAUUAUGUCUCAACCUAAUAAUUUCUCAGCAGAAGACCCUGAUUCCAUGGCGAAGCAAAGUGAAGACUUGGCAGAAAUGCCCUGAUUCAACCAACUAUUACUACCAAGCCCGCUAGGAGACAUAGGACAUAAAUAUGUGAAACAGCUGUAUACAAGAAUAAUUUAUUUUAUGUAUUAAAAUAACACAAGAACAUAACACAGGUGAACAGAUGUUACUGAAAAGAAAACGAAAGUUGCAAAAUGAUUGUUGUAGGAUGUGCUAUGAGGGAAUAUUCUAGGCUAGGGCUAGAGCGAAUGUGCAUGGGAAGUGAAGUCAGUGGGGAAAAAAGAUUGAUGAGGCUUGAAUGAGUAGGCAUCAGAUGCCUAUGAAUAGGAUAAGGAUAAAACAGGAUAAGAGUAACACACAUAUUUUUAUCACUAGCUGUCAUUAUAAAUCUAUUCUGACAAUUCAGUUCAUCACCUAAAGCAUAUCAAUGUACAGUAUACUAGGGUAGAUGUUGGCCAGCUAUUUACCAGAGUAAAAUAGAAUUAAUUUAGACGCAAAAUAAAUAAUUUGAUAUAAAAAUAGAGAUGAAAAGAGAACUCUAUUCUCGUUCUGCCAAGGACCUACCCUGUCAUAUGGUAAAACAUGGGUUAAACCCUCCACACAAAACCUUGAGUUGCAGUUCCUGGUCAUGGAGAGUUGGGCUAUGUUGGGUACUGGGUACUCUGCUUUGCAGCUUAUGAUGGCAUUAUAUUUUUUGUUAUUCUUGAUAUUGGAUUUGAUUAGGCAUUUGUGCAAAGUGUAUGGAAAGUGUGACUAUGAUAGUAUAUAGUACCUGUACAUGCAUUCUCUGUGUGAAGGGACAAACAAAUACUGUCCCUGAUAAGAGAAAGCAGCAUCCAGUGCAAAUAUGCUGUUUGGGAAAAACCGUGACCAUGCUGACAACCUGUAGCUCCCACUCGGGAAGAGAACCCAGUCCCAUGGUGCAUUUGCAGCUUAGUCUGUAGUUGGCAAUAGCUGGAGAACCACAGUUUAAUAUAUUUAUAUGAAAUAAGAUCGGGUCUCUAAGCAAUGACACGUAAAAGUAGAAAAUAACUAAUUACUUACAACAUGGCUCUAUUCUUAUGGAAAAUCAAUAAACAUUGCAAAUGGC